AUGUCGGUGGCCUCGAAAAACCCCUUUGCGCUCCUCAACGACAACGAAGACGAUGCGGUAGACAAGUCCCCCGCGCCAGACAAGACUGCCGUCGAGGCGCCAAAGCCAAACCGAAAGCCGUCGUCGACGCGCGGCGGUCGUUAUUACCAGCGCGGUGCCCCCAAGCCAGUCAUAAGCACGCCUCCAGUCGCAGAAGGUGACCCAAAGUCACCCACGGACACAAAGAGGAACUAUAACCGCGGUGAUCGUGGUGAUCGUCCACCUCGAGGAGAUAGAGGAGAUCGUGGAGACCGCGGAGAGCGUGGAGAACGCGGCGAAUAUCGCGGAAGAGGUGGUCGCGGCCGUGGGGGUGGACGUGGACGCGGAGAGCGUGACCCUCGUCCCGACAGGCACAGUGCCACUGGAAUUGUCGACACGGCCAAAAAGGUCGGAUCUGGUUGGGGCAAUGCCAAUUCUGAAUACAAGGAUGAGACGAAUGCGGCCGAAGAUGCCAAAGCUGGAGAUGCUUGGGGUGCUGCUGCUCCAGAAGGUGGUGAUGCAGAGGGAGCCGACCCAUGGGCCGAACCAGCGCCGACGGGUGAUGGAGAGGCAAAGGACGGCAAGCCCGCUGGAGACGACGAAGGACGCAAGCGCAAGAAAUAUGAAGACGAAGAGGACGAGGGAAAGAUGACGCUCGACGAGUACAAGGCAAAGGCUGCAGUCUCUGAGAGUAUCCCCAAGCUCGAGCUCCGCCAAGUUGCCGAAGGCGAGAGCGAUCUCUUCAAGGGUGCCAAGCAACUCACAAAGGAUCCCGACGCAAAUGCCUAUUUCGUCGGCAAGCAAGCCAAAUCUUCUGGCGCACCCCGCGCUCGCAAAGAAGCCAAGCAGUACCUCGAGAUUGACGCACGUUUCGAGCCACCUUCCCGAGGCGGGCGCGGCCGUGGUCGCGGUGGCCGAGGCGAUUAUCGCGGAGACCGCCCUCAGCGUAGCGGUGGUGGUGGUGGUGGACGAAGCCAGCAACAAAGAGCGGUCGAUGUCGAUGACAAGACUGCUUUCCCGUCCCUCUGA